AGCACAUCGAGGGCCCCGUGAGUUUUAACAGUGUGUGUUCAUCAAAUGUAACUGCGAAUCCGCGUGAAGGAACAUUAGAAGACGCGAUAGAUUAAAUUUAUUUUAUGCUAUGGGCUCAUCGAAACGCAAAUCUUCAUUUCGGAUUGACGAUAUUCUACAUCAACAAACUGAGAAUCAAAUGGCAACACAGCGCCAACCACCCAGCACUGUGAUCAAGAGCAGUGAAACUGAGGCUAGUUCGAGCAAUCGCACCGCGACGCCUCCUUCUGAUCAAUCAGCUGCCACAGUAUCGUCCUCGAAUAGCCUUCAAUCGGGACGUGAGUCCCCGCGAAAGCCCACACCGAUCUAUCCGCAAAUGCUUGAUCUGCAAAAGACGCCAAAUUUGUGCUUUCCCAUCCCACUGGGAAUCCCACCACCUUUCUCACCGGCAGCGGCAUACCUGGAACAUUAUGCGAAUGCACUCCAUAAAGCAUCGCCACGCCUCUGGCCAUUCUAUCCGCAUCCCUAUGGCGGCUAUUUACUCCCACCUUGUGGGUCAAAGAGAAAAGGUGGACAAGUACGUUUUACACCGCAGCAGACACAGAGUCUCGAACGAAGAUUCUCCAAUCACAAGUACCUCUCACCUGAAGACAGGAGACAUUUAGCAAUGCAACUCAAGCUGAGUGAUCGGCAGGUCAAAACUUGGUUUCAAAAUCGACGUGCUAAAUGGAGAAGAUCCAACAAUGGAGCCACAAAUAUGGACUCCCCCACAACAGGACCAUCUGAUACGCAUUCAGAUGACAAUGCAACUCCACCACUCAACUUGGCAGGACCUCACACUAAAUCUAACAAUUCAAGUUCCAAAAUGCAGCAAAAUGAAACAUCAUCCGAUGAAGAUGAUCCCUACGAUGAAUCCAAUUCACCCAUAAAUGUCUCAUAG